AUGGAAACUCAUAUUUUCAAUGUUGAGAUGACCUGUGAAGGAUGCUCUGGAGCUGUCAAACGAGUACUUGGCAAGCUAGGGGAUUCUGUGGAAAAUGUGGACAUUGACAUGGAAAAGAAAAAAGUUUAUGUAAAAUCAGGACUAAGCUCUGAUGAGUUGCUCAGUGUCAUCAAGAAAACAGGUAAGAAUACAAUCUAUGAAGGUGUCAAAGAGAACUUGUGACUUGUAACAGGAAGAAGAGGCAUUCUAUCCUCUCAUCAUCACUCACUGGCAGAAUUGGUGGCACUUUGACUAUACAAUCUCCAACUUAUGGUCUCAGGCAUCAAAUAACUUGGUUCAGUAUGCCAAUUUUGCUUCACUAUUGUGAUUUUUUGGGGGC